AUGGUGAACCUCUUCAAGCGGCUUCAUAAGCUGAAAUCAAUCCUCGAAGUCCGCACCGGCACCGGCGCAGCAAUCUUCCCAACCCUCCAGACAGCCACAAAAGAAUUUCCCCCAAUAACCAGAUUGCACCUAACCUACGCCCAAAAAAUCUACGGCGGCCACCAAGGCGCGCGCCACUUCUGGCGCCGCGUCCUCCCCCGUCUGAAAUACCACAAUCCCCACGUCCCCAUCACAGUAUCGCCUACAACCGAACAAGAAGGCCCCGCCGCAUUGACAGUGUACUUCCACGAACGCCUUUCCAGUACCGCACCGGGGAUCUCGGGACCAAAGCCUGUGACUGAUAAGUAUGCGCCACAGCCUGUUGGGGAGGAGAAGAGUGCUGUGAUUGAUUUGAAGAAUUUGAAUUAUGAGGAGAUCUGGAGACGCGUGCAGGCUUCUACGGGGGCGGAAAGUUAUGUUCCUAAUGUUCAGGAUGAGGAGGAUUUGAAGAAGGUGGCUGAUGUUAAGGCGCGUGGGCCGGGGGAUCGGGCUAGAAAUCUCGCUAUGAGGCAGGCGAAGAGGGAUCAGGAGAGAAUGCUUGCUGAGGCGAGGGGGGAGGUUGAGAGUUCGAAGUCGGGUUGA